AGCCAUGGCGAUGCAGCAGAUCGCCCUCCUUCUCUUACUCCUCGCCGCCGCCCAUGGCCUCUCCGUGGCCGUCAGCCCUACACCCAUCAUCAACACCACAUGCGCUGCGCUCGCCCACAGCCCCAAUGUCACAGUGCACGUCGACUACGAAUUCUGCGUCCGCGCGCUUUCAGCCGACCCGGCGUCCUCGUCUGCCACGGACGCCCGCGGGCUAGCGGCGGCCGCGGCAAGCCUUACAGUCGCCAACCUAACGUCCACGGAGCACAUCAUCGCGGACCUCGUCCAUAAUCUGGGCCGUUGUCUUACUGACUACAGAGAGAUUAACGGCAUGGUGCGGCACGCGCUCGACGACAUCCGAGGCGGGCGCGGCGCCGACGCUUCCGAGAAGCUUUUGCAAGUGGCAAAGGCAAACGCUCCUGCUUGGUACGACCUCAUCUUGAUAGAGGGAGACGCCAAGAGGAACCCCAUAGAUCAGGAGAACCAUAACGCUGACUUCUUGUCCGUCAUUGCCUCCGGAAUUGCCGAGCUGAUGCUGCAUUCUCAUGGAUGAUCACCAAAAGAUCCGAGCUGAAUACAUGGCUCUUGUCUUCUUCCAGUUUUAAUCAUUUAUAUAUCAUAUACAGUAUGUGGGUUUGGGUUUUCUUAUAAACAUUUCUGUAUCAGUCCAAUGAUCCAAAUACAGCUUUAUUGGUCAGAAA